GCGAUACAUGCUCGCAAUGGACAAUGUUGAGGGUGAGGGUGCGGGCAAGCAUCAUACGGGCAAGUGUCUUGCGGGGAUCUGUCCGGCGAGCAUAUGUUCUGCGGGCAAGUGGCCUAGAUUCUUCAUUUUUAUACCUAAAUUUCACAUUUCAUAACUCCCGCUAGAAGCAACUUGCGCCCGAACUAAUUUGGGGUUUAUCACUCCUAGCUAUGCCCUACCUAACCAUCAUAUUCCUGACCGAAAAGCUUUUUAUCACCUCGGGUGGUUCCCUCGUUAGACUACGACAAAAUUUCAGUGUCCUAAUGACUUCUUUUUUUUUUAUAUAAAACUCAUUUGGUAUCGUUUAUUAAAUAUAAACAUAAAUAUUUGAGAACAUGUGACAUCGAUUUAAUUUCGUCAAUUAUCUAUGAUUUCAUAUUUUUGAUCGAUUUCAUUAGAACUUAUAUAUUUUAUAUUCAUUCAAAUUCAUCAUUGUUCAGUACGAACUCUUUCAAUAUCGAAGAUACUGAACACUUGUUAUCAAUCUAUAAGCAUGUCUAGGAAAUAAUUUAAAAAAAUCAAUCUAAACAGAAGAUGAAAGAGUUUUUAUAUAUACAUGAAUAAUAGUCUUUUGAAAUGAUAUUAAAAACAAAAGUAUGAGCACUAAAUAUAAACGAGAUGAAUAUUUUUGCAUUUGGUUACUAAUCGAUUUCAUUGUUGAGCUUUGUUUAUAUUGAUCAACUAUAUUUUAUUUGGCCUUGCUUUUAAAGUAAAGUUAGUAAACAAUAGAUUAUACAGUAAAAUAAAGACAAAGUGCCAAUUCUAAUUAAAAUAUUUAUUCAAAUCAUUUAAUAAUAAUUAGAAACUUUUUUUUGUGCAUCUGAACAAAGUGCAAAUUUUUUUUUUUCUCCAAUAUUAAGACAUAUUUUGAAGACCAAUAUGACUUUUUAAAUGUAUGGCGUAUGUCAAAAUUAUUGUAGAAAAAACUUCUUGAACAUUUUUAGAUAUAAACGUCAUCUUUUUAAGCGUCUCCAUUAAUAGUUUAUGAUUAAAAUAGCUGAUUUUAGUGCUUUUCGAAAGAAUAUGAGAACACUGAAAUAGACACCAAGACUAGAACAUCUAAAAUGCCUUUUCGUGAAUUGUUCUCUGGUUGAAAAAUUCUAUUUACAAUAUGAUAUUUUAUUGCUUGAAUAAAUCAUUGAUAUAGGCAUAUGAUUAGCUUCUAUUAAGACGUUCAUCUCGGAAAAAAAUCAUUUGGAAAGAACUAUUGACGUUAUAUAAGCUUGUUUCUUUGAUUAAAUAUAUUAGAUUCAAUCAGUUCUAUGAAAAAAAUCCAACUUCAGUUCCUUCUUUUCUGAAGAUACGUCAUUAUCAUCAUUCUGAGCUUCUACAAUUAAUUUAUUAAAUGAAACUCAGGGAUUCAACCCGUUCUUUUCAAGAAUCUCUGAUACAUAGUAUAUAGAUAUUUAGGAGCUCGAAUCUCAUGUAUUAAAAGUCGUAGACAAAGUUUGAUUUUAGAUUCAGAAUUUUCAUCAUCUAUUCUCUAUUUUAACUUUUUUUUAUCACUACCGAAGUACACUUGAGACGAAAAUUAAAUAAAUAGAUGUGCACAAAGGGUAUACAGAAAAUGCAUAUGUAUAACAUUGUACAACCUUGUUCUCGAUAGUGAAGGUUUGCAACGAAGUCGAAGUUUCAGGAAAAGAAUUCCUCUCGAUAUCGUCAUUUCAAACAAAACACAUAUAUAAAUCUAUUUUUUGAAUGAAAGGAUGCAAUUUUAUAGUAAAAGAAGUUUACCGUUGCUAUAAAAGUCUAUCGUCUAUUGUAAGAAGAGCUAAAUGUUAUUAGCACCGAAAAUUAGACUUAUACUAGGGAAGCUUUUCAAGUAUAGAAUCGCUUUUGAUUUAAAACUAUGUUGAUUUGAUGAAUCCCAAUAAACAAUGGAGAAGUCUAGAAUGAAUUAAUUGAAUAUGAGUGAGUGAAUGUUUCAGUUCUUUUACAAUUUUCGAUUCUCGGGUAGAGAAGAGUCUUAUUUGACAAUUGAAUGACUUAAAAUGUUCAUCCCUUAAAUAUCUAUAAUACUAUGUAAUUAGAAUGUGAAAUUGUUAGGAUUGCAGAGUUAUGACCGAAUCCAACGGGAUCCUAUGUAUACUUAAUGUUGUUUCUUUCUAAAAAUUAGUUGAAAAAAAUUUAACUUUGAUAUGAAGAAUAAUUCAUUGUUAUUUGACAAUAUCUGUCUAAUUAAAAUAUUUCUUUUUGUUUUUUUUAGUUGCCAACAUUAAAUCUUUUACAAUCAGAUACGUCGUUAAUGACGAAUAGUCAAUGGACUCUUCUCUCGAAUGUGAUUCAUAGUUUUGACGAAAGAAAAAUUAUGUUUACUUCUCAAUGUAUAACUAAACAAGAUGAAAAUUGUCAAUCUAUUAUAUUACUCGAUGAAACAUUAAUUAAAGAAUUCUUUUCGUUACUUUUCGAAACAACAGAAUUGUGUCUUCGUUCCAAUGGGGAUCUUAAUAGUUUAUCAUCAGAUGAUCGUUCAAUACUACUUCUUAACAGCACUGAUUCUGUAUUAUGUUUAGGUGGAAUGUUUAUUUUGUGUCAAUCUCAAUUAGUUAGUUGUCGAUCUUUCUUAAAUGUUCUUUAUACAAAAUAUGGAGAACAAUGUCUUUCUCAUACUAUUCAUGGAACAAACUUAAUUGAUUCUGAUAUUGUUCUCACUAAAAUAGCACUAUCAUUACUUCUUUUCUCGACAAAUAUUUGUCUGUUUUCUUCAAAAUUACAAGUUUACGUUGAUACACGUACAGUCUUUCUGAUUCAAAACAAAUAUGCUGAAAUAAUAUGGAAAUAUCUUGUAUAUAGAUAUGGUCAUCAUGAUGCUGUUUUGAAAUUUAUUAAUUUAAUUCAAUGUCUUCUUAAUGUUAUGCAAACACUGUUUCAUCUUCAAAAUAUUCAACAACAUGUUAAUGAUGUUCUUACACUUAUUGAAAAUACUGAAUUGAAACUCAUUUUAGAUGAUAUUGAUCAAAUUGAACAAAAAACAAUUAAUUAA